AACUGUUCCACCAUCAUCAACAGCGCAAGACGAGUGCGGCUCAGCGCAGUCCAGAGUUGAGACCCCGUGAGCGCACCACGCGGCUUUCACGCAGACACGCAUUUAAUACGCGGCAAUAUCGGUCGAAUUCAAAAUAAUCAAGCUACGUCUACACUAAGUUAACCCAGUGACUUUGAAGAGUAAAAAUUAUCAAAGUGUUUUUUUUUUAUUGGAUUGUUUCGUUAUUUUUCGUUGUUAUUUCGAUGGGCAGCAAUUUACCAAGUUUUUUGUAGUAUACUAUUCACUUCAGUAAGGUAAUCGGGGCAGAUAGGCUUAACGGUUGGCUCCGCACUCGAGUGUGGCAGACCGCAAGCAUGACGCGCGCCGGCCACUGCGCUCUCGUGCUUCUUAUACUGACUCAGACAGCGCUCGGUCAAGAUUACGAUGUAACAGACAUACAGUGUACAUUUUCGACGGGAGGCUCCGGGCUUCGUGACUCCGUGAGUGCCCUCCUGAGAAAGCCGGAGGGCUUCAGAGGUGCGCCCUUGUUUGCGGACGACCGCGCGACUGACCCGGUCGCAGACCCCGUCUGUCAGAUCCGACCAGAGGCGGAAGAUGGCACGGGCCUGUUAUAUCGGCUCAAAAUCACGGAUUUCUCACGGUGCGGCGUUUUAAAACGAAACGGCUUCGUGCACGUCCGGGUAUGGUUCCCGCAGUUCCCCGGAGUGGUGAUGCAGUCCGAUCAAGAGUUGAUCAUCAUGUGCAAGCCCCCUGAGCCAACAAUUAUUGAAAAUAAAGCUGCAGGCUUUGCUGGAAGUUUUCCCCACGGUGCCCGUGUGUCCGGCGUGGUCGAGGAGACGCCAGGACGUCUUGAAUACGAAGUAGCUCUGUACAAGGAAGCACCGCCUGUCACAAGACAUUCUAAUCAUUCGGUUGAUUUGCCUGUCGAUCAGGUAACGGGUGCUGUUCCAAUCGGCACGAAGCUUCAACUACGCGCACGGAUUAAUCCCGACUCAGCGUGGCGGCACAUCAAACUGCUGGAGGUAGCCGUGUCUCCUGACCCUGACAGACCUCACGCACCCGGAUCCGUUUUGCUCGUUAAAGACGGAUGCCGCAAUCGGGAUUUCGCUUCGAUAAUCCCGCAUCAACCAGCGCGCUACCGGGAGCGACAUAACGAAGUAUUCUUGGACUUUGAAGCUUUCCUGCUGGCUUCUAUGAAGGAGCGCUCAACGUUAUGGAUACACUCGCAGAUAAAAGCCUGCAUGGACGCCGCAGACUGCCAACCAGACUACUGCCUCGACCUAUUUGAACCAUCAGGUUUCGUACAUGGCCACGGAAGAAAAAGAAGGUCACUGCCGGAAACGCAUAACGCUACACACGCAGCGCUAGUCAACGACAACUCGACAACGCCCUUCACGAGAUUCAAGGAGAAUCUAGAAUACACAGUGGUCAUGCCCGGAGAACUCUUUCAUAGGACCCCUGUUGAAGCCACCUGUGCCACUUCGAUGAUGGUCGCCGUAGCACUCGGUGCACUGCUCUUCAUGUCUGCAUUACUAAUGUGUUACUUAGCCACAAAAUUAAAUUCUACUUUAUUGAAGAACAACAACCUUCAAUCGCCAACCGGUAAAGGAUUUGAACAGAUUUUAAGGGAGCUGGCACACCAUUCCUUACCGGAUACGGGUUAUACAGGACGGCCUACUGUACAAUAGUGAUAAUUAAUUUAAUUAAAUAAUUAAAAUAUAAUACCUAUUUUAUUACGAAAUUAUAACAGAUACUAUUUUAUGAAGAGAAAAAAGUUAAACGAAAAAAGACAUGACUAUUAUUAUUAAUUUGCCUAAUUUACAAUUUACGACUUUUUUAAAUAUAGUACUCUUUGUAUUGAUUGUCAACUAGGAGUGGGUAAUAUCGGUUUUGCCGCGUAUCGAAUCGUAUCUAUAUAUCGAGGAUCAAUAUCGGAUAUUGAAUCUAUAUAUUUUCUGAAUCUAUAUAUUGAUGGAUGCUAGUAGAUUUUCUCGAUUCAUGAUAUUUGAGAUUUGAAACGAUACGCUGAUAUAAUAUCGUAGUAGAUAUAGAUUUAAGUCAACGUUAUUCGGUUGGUUUUCUGAUAUCAAUUUAUAAUAUGAUUUUAAAGUAAUAAAAAGAACAUGAAAAUAAAAAUAUCAAAAAAACUUUCCUUCAUGCUUUUAUCAGGCUUAGGACUGGCUACAUUAUUUUCAGUUUUUAGUAUUUUGUAUCUUAAUUUAAAAUUACAAAAUAUACCAAAAGAGUGUAGAUUUCAAAAGUUUAAUAGAAACACAAGAAAUAAACUCAAUUAUUUGGAUUCAACUAAAAAUAGAAAAAUGUGUACUUUAAAAAUCAAACACAAAAAACUUUUAAGUAUUUAUAAACACUUGUCCAAAAAUUGUAGUUCAAGGUCAAAGCGCGUGAAAUUAAAUUCAACGAUGCAAAUAGGCUAUACUGCAUUCAAGUUAGGGUCGAAAAUUGAAACUUCUUUCCUAAAUUGUAUCCUGCUGAUACGCUAAGAAUAAUCUACAGACAUAUGGACUUAAAUAUAAGGUUUACAAUUGUAUGGAUAAUGCCUGUUUCUGUUUCAUUCAUCACAUGAUAUCCCUAUCGUGCGCUCACUCACUCUGGCCGAUUCGAUACGAACCAAACGAAUAUUGCUGAUAUUAACGAAUCGGUACGAUAUGCCGAUGCGCAUCACAUCGAGUAAUAUCGUGUAUCGGCUGAUAUCGUUAUAUAGAUUUCGAUUCACGAAUCGGUACGAUAUGCCGAUGCGCAUCACAUCGAGCAAUAUCGUGUAUCGGCCGAUAUCGAUAUAUAGAUUUCGUGCGGGGCGAUAUCGGAUUCAACGAUAUUGCUGCGAUAUAUAGAUAUUGAAUCUAGAUACGAUUUAUAUCGCCCACUCCUAUUGUCAACUAAUUCGAAAAGACACACAAAUUGAUUCGUUCGUACAUUUAUCUGCUUAUUUAAAGGUAUUAUAGCAAAAGCUCACGAAUUUAAUGUUAUUUAAGUCCAUUAGAUUUACAAGGUAUUUAGAUAAUAUUAAUUUAUUUAAAUUAAUCUACUUAGAAAUAAUUAAAUAAGUGAACUAGAUUAUAAUUUUAGAAGAACUAAAUGUUUUAAGUUGUAACUUAUGACUGAAAAAUAAAAUUGCAGUUUUGUUUGAGCUUUAAGCAACUCCAAUACUUUUUCAGUCAUGACUGUCGAGGAUUUUAAGAAAUAGCAGGCUAUUAUUAAAAUAAUUUAUUUGUUUUGGGGAUAUGAAAUAACAUCCCAAUAAAUUAUACAACAUUUUUAAUGUUUUAAUGUUUGAAAAAAAUUUAAUUAAGCUGUGAGAUAUUAUACACCACUGUCCGCUGUAAUGGCAGCCCCAUUUCUUUUAAUUUAAUACGUAUAUUAUCUAUGGCCCUGACCAUAGUAGGUACGUAAUGACUAAUGACUAUUCGAAAUAUAUGGGAAGUCAAAUUGAAAGAAAAACUUCGAGUUUUUUAUAAAUGUUCAAACAUUUGAGGCAUGUAAGGUUGGAUAGAUAUUUUAUGUAAAAUUAUUAAUAAAAAAAUAACAACCGA